AUGACGGAUGCCCAGGCGGUGGACGAAAAGAGGCAGCAGUUGGAUUCCAUGAAGCGGCAGUGCCAGGCGGUGGAGCAGCUGAUGAUGCUGGCCGGCGAGGAGAAGCGCUAUUUGGAGCACGAGAAAACUGUUCUAAAAAAGAAACUGGCGGAGCUGCAGGAGCAGAACGAGUCCACCGAAAAUAGACUAGAUGAGCACUUUCGUGCCAUGCAGAAUAUGUCGGUAACGAACGAGGAGCAGCUCCGGCAUCGGCUCAAGAGCCUUGAGAGCAAAGUGGCGGACGCGGAGGAGGGCAACGCAGCCCUGCGCUCCAAGCUUGAAGAAACGACGCGACAGAAGAAGGAGGAGUUGCAACGACUGCAUGACGGUAUUGCAGCUCUCCGAGAACAGCUGGAGUCCAAGGCACUAGAGUAUGGGGUGCAGUUACGCGAUGUCCUCUUCGCGCGGUCUUCGCCGUUUGAAGGACAGUUUUGA